GUGAAAAUCACUAGAAAAACUUGUAAGCAAAGUCUAAAAUAAUUCAGUUUGAGCAUUUUCAAUGUUACAAUGGUAUUGAACUAAGCCUUACAUGAAAAGUUGUUUUUCUUGAGUAAGUUUUAAUUAAAUGGUUACUCAUAGAAACUUCCAUUUUAUGUUCAACCUGUGGCAAUUCAGAAAAUGUUUUAAGUUUAUGGGAAAUAAUUUAAGUGCUUGUUUUGUUUUCAAAAUUUUGCAUUUUCUUUAUGUAUUGAUUCUAUCAAUUUUGUACUUUUCUGAAUUUUAUUUACAAUUUUAAGCAGUCGCUGAUCUGUUUUCACAACUAGAAAAAAUUUUUAAAUCAUUCUGGCUUUAAAGAAAAUCUGUCUGCCUUUCACAUGGAUGAUCACACCAGUGAUGAGGAGAUAGACGAUGACUUUGAUACCCAGUUCAUCAUUCAGGAGAGCUUGCAGGGUACUUACCAGCCGGAAACCGCGCAAGAUGCACAUGAGCAUGAGAGCAUCCAUUCCUUUCUGAGUGCUGACUAUAAGAAGAUAGUCGAGACGAUAGAAACAGGUGAGGAAGAUGCCUUACUCCACUUGACCAAGUACCGUUCAGCUUUUGAUGAAGUGGAUGGGAUAGGCUGGCUUCCUCUGCAUAAGGCUGCCGUGCAAUUCAAUAAGAACAUUCUGGCAAUUACCCUGGAAGCUUCAAAACCCAGUAAGUGGGAGCAAACCACGCACAAUGGUGAAACGCCACUUUUUUUGGCCGUCAGCAGUCGCCUCUUAGAAAAUGCCGGUUUUCUUCUUCUCAGUGGCUGUAAUCCUAAUGCUAAGAAUUUCGAAGGCAAUUCUCCUCUUCUUACAGCUGUUCUACAGGACUCCUAUGAAAUGGCCACCUUGCUGAUCAGCCACGGAGCAGAUGUCAAUCUACGGUGUGCGAACGAGAGGACAGCUCUCCAUGAAGCAGCCAAACUGGGCAGACUUGACAUGGUGAAGCUUAUGCUGGUUUCUGGGGCACACCCUGACCCACGGAGCUCCUAUGGUUUCACUCCUCUUGCUCUUGCUGCCCAAAAUGGACACACUGAAAUCAUGGAAAUAUUACUAGAGAAAGGUGCUAAUGCUCUUGGCCAGGCCUCCGACUCGUCUUCCAUCUUACUUGAAGCUGCUAGUGGAGGAAACCCAGACUCAGUGACUCUCCUGCUAGGGCAUGGAGCUGAUGCCAACAUCCCUAAGAAUUCAGGCCACCUGCCCAUUCAUGUGGCAGCUGACAGAGGCCACUUACUAGCUCUAAAGAUUUUGGUCCCUGUUACGGAUUUUGCCGCCAUUAAGCAGAGUGGGAUCAGUCCAAUUCACUGUGCAGCCGCAGGCGGACACCCUGAAUGCCUGGAACUUCUCAUCCAGGCCGGAUUUGAUGUGAAUUUCAUGCUAGAUCAGAGAGUUCGCAAACACUACGAUGACCAAAGGAAGUCAGCUUUGUAUUUUGCCGUAUCAAAUGGUGACCUCUCUUCAGUUAAGCUGCUUCUGAGUGCUGGAGCUCUCCCUAAUCAAGACCCGGUUAACUGCCUCCAAAUAGCCCUAAGGAUGGGUAACUAUGAGCUGAUAAGUCUGCUGCUUCGGCACGGGGCCAACGUCAAUUACUUCUGCAGAGUCAACCCCUUACACUUCCCAUCAGCCCUGCAGUACACCCUGAAAGAUGAAGUCAUGCUCAGGAUGCUGUUGAAUUAUGGGUAUGACACACAGCGAUGUUUUGAUUGUCCUCAUGGGGACAAAGUUCAACCUGUGUAUGUUUUUGAAGGCUGGACACCUACAGUUAUCAAAGAUACUAUGUUCUGUGAAGUGAUAACUUUGUCUUGGCUGCAACAUCUCUCUGGAAAGGUUGUGCGCGUGAUGCUUGAUUACGUUGAUCAAGUUCGGAUCUGUUCAAAGUUGAAAGCUGUGCUGCAAAAACAGGGGCUCUGGUCGGAAAUCAAUUUUAUCUUAACAAACCCUCGCUCCCUCAAACAUUUGUGCCGCCUAAAGAUCCGGAAAUGUAUGGGACGUUUACACUUGCGCUGCCCCGUCUUCAUGUCGUUUCUUCCGUUACCCAAUCGUCUGAAAGCAUAUGUCCUCUUCAAAGAAUAUGACCUUUAUGAACAAGGAAUUUUUACAGGAACCUGGUAAACAAACUAUUCUAGAGAAAAAGGUAUAAUUCUGCAACUGUAUUUCUUAAAACUCAACUUGUUAUAUGUAACUCAUUUCUAUUGUUUUACCCAGCAACUAAAAUCUCAAAGCAGUCUACAUUCUUUAAAAAGUCGCUCUGAACACUGCCUCACAGUAUGCAGAUGGCUAGCAUUCUUAGAGGCCGUUUAAAAAAAAAUAAGGCCCGAACAAUAAGAACUCUAACUGGACUACGUCUAAUUCUGUAUGAAUCUUACACUAAGUAUACGAAUCCACAUUUCCACAUGCUCAAGUAACAGAUGCCACCUCUGAUGAUU